GGCCUUGGUGGAAUAGGAGCUUCUUUUUUUUGACAGGAAGCAUGCUCAUCUGUUUGUGCGCUCCGUCGAAUCUUUUUUGCAAUAGCAAGUGGAAUAGGACCUUCUUUUCUUGAACAGGAAACAUGCUCAUCUGCUUGUGCGCUCCGUCGAAUUCACUUCCUUACUACAUCUCGAAUGGACCACAGGAGCUGGCCGAUCUCCGUGAGCCAGUACAGCCAUAGCCCACCACCGUAUCUGUCCUGCCAUACCUGCCUAUUUUUACUAUCCAGCUAAGGCUAUGAAUACCCCCCCUAGCUAUUCCCCAGCUAUAAAAUCUCCACUUCAAGUCCCAGCUUCAACCACCCCCACAAUCCUAGUGCCCCCUCCACACUGACACAACCAUGGCCUCAAAACCACCCGCCAUCCUCGCUCGCCUCCUCUCCGGCAACGAAGAGUGGGCGAGAACGCUCAAAUCCGCAGCCGGAGCUGGGUUUUUCAAAGGGGAGGCAGAAGGCCAGUGGCCGAAAAUUCUUUGGAUUGGGUGCUCCGAUUCCAGGGUGCCAGAAUCUGUGAUAACGUCUUCUAUGCCUGGCGACGUCUUUGCGACUAGAAAUAUCGCAAAUCAAGCUCACAUUGAUGACGACAGCUUCCUUUCAGUCCUCUACUAUGCCGUAAAACACGUUGGUGUGGAGCACGUCAUCGUCGUCGGCCAUACUCACUGCGGAGGCGCCGAAGCCGGAUACGCCGCCGCCCAAAAGGCCAUCAACACAGGCUCGAGCGUGCCCCCUCCCGUCAUCGAUACCCUCCCCCCGGAUGCCCACAUCAACAAAUGGCUCGCGCCCCUCUCAGAGCUGGCCAUGCCCAUCGCCGCCCUCGCCCUCGAGACCGAAGAUGCGUUGCGCAUGCUGGUGGAAGAGAACGUGCGGACGCAGGUGCACCUGGUGAGCCAGACGGAGACGAUCCUCGAGGCUUGGGAUCAGCCUCCGCAGGCUCGACAUGUGUUUGUGCACGGAUGGGUGUAUGAUGUGGAGCAUGGACGACUUCGAGAUUUGAAUAUCUCAAGGGGUACACGCGAAACAAACUAUCAUCCUGCCUACUUCUAG